AACAGCCGUGACGCUGUUAGUCACUACGUCUGCGCGUUGAGCAGACAGCUGAUAACUCAUCUAUUAUGCUACUUCGCUAAAUUAAACCAUCUUGUAAAGUGACCGGAGGCCGCCGUUGGACUCACCGGAGGACCGAAACCCAAAGUUGUACAAUGGGAGUUAGUCUCCUGGAGGGACACGUUGAGCUGAAGAAGCAACACAUCUGACAGCUGGAGUGAACGCACACUUUUCCACACAUAUACACACACACACACACACACCCUCCGACCACAGAGGGACUUUUUUUUUUUUUUUUUUUACCUUGCGGUCAGACGCUGCAUUCCCACUCUGCAUUAGUGUGUUGUCGUUGCCCACCAUGUCGGAUGCCCCUGAGGCUGCGCCCCCCAGUCCCCCUACCCUCACCAACCCGGCCCCUCCGGAGGUCACCAACCCCACCAAACCUGGCAGGAAGACCAAUCAGCUGCAGUACAUGCAGAAUGUGGUGGUGAAGACUCUGUGGAAGCAUCAGUUUGCAUGGCCCUUCUACCAGCCCGUGGACGCCAUCAAGCUGUGCUUGGCGGACUACCACAAAGUCAUCAAGAACCCCAUGGACAUGGGAACCAUCAAGAAACGGCUGGAGAACAAUUACUACUGGAGCGCCAGUGAGGCCAUGCAGGACUUCAAUACCAUGUUCACCAACUGCUACAUCUACAACAAGCCCACGGACGACAUCGUCCUGAUGGCUCAGGCCCUGGAGAAGAUCUUCCUGCAGAAAGUGGCUCAGAUGCCUCAGGAGGAAGUGGCUCUGCUCCCACCUGCCCCUAAAGGCAAGAACAAGAACAAACAGCCUCCUGCUGCCACCACAGUGAGUCAGCAGGCGGAGUCUUCAGCGUCGCCUCCCGCAUCCUACCCAUCCCCCUCCCAGACGGCUGUCAUUUCGCCCACGCCCACAAAUGUCCAGUCUCCGCCUCCUGUGCCAGCUCCACAGCCGCCCGCAGCCAUGAUGCCCUCUGCACAGCCCGUCGUCAAGAAGAAGGGGGUGAAAAGGAAAGCCGACACCACCACGCCCACCACGUCGGCCAUCUCCGCGGGUCGCGCGGACUCGCCCACCGCACAGGACAACAAACCGGCCAAGUUGGCCUCGUCCCGCCGCGAGGCCGCCGCUCGUCCCGCCAAAGCCCGUCGCGAGACCAUCGAGGAUGUAGCAGCCGGCGACAUCGGAAGCGCCGGCGCGGCGGCGGCGGGAAGGAAGAGCAGCAAGCUGGGCGAGCAGAUGAAGCACUGCGACGCCAUUCUGAAGGAGAUGCUGUCCAAAAAGCACGCCGCCUACGCCUGGCCCUUCUACAAGCCAGUGGACGCGAAGGCUCUGGAGCUGCACGACUACCACGACAUCAUCAAACACCCCAUGGACCUGAGCAGCGUCAGGAAAAAGAUGGAUCAAAGCGAGUACAGCGACCCUCAGAGUUUUGCCACCGACGUCAGGUUAAUGUUCUCCAACUGCUACAAGUACAACCCCCCCGAUCACGAGGUGGUGGACAUGGCGCGCAAGCUGCAGGACGUCUUCGAGAUGCGUUUCGCUAAGAUCCCGGAUGAAGGCCUGGAGGCGUCGGUCCCGUCCACAACGCCAUUGGUUAGUAAAAGCACCGCCUCGUCCGACAGCAGCAACAACUCCUCCUCAGAUGAGUCGUCAGACUCGGAGGAGGAGCGCGCCACGCGAUUGGCUGAGCUACAGGAGCAGGUUGGUGCUGCCGGCCAAUCACAGCUGAAGGCCGUGCACGAGCAGCUGGCCGUCCUGUCGCAGGCGCCCGUCAGUAAGCCAAAGAAGAAGAAGGAGAAGAAGGACAAGGACAAGAAGAAGGACAAGGACAAAGGCAACAAGGCCAAGCUGGAGGAAGACAAGAAGCCUAAGGCUGCCGCACAGCAACCCAAAGCAGCCAAUCAGAAGAAGGCGCCGGCGCGCAAAGCCAACAGCACGGUGACGGCCACCAGGCAAACCAAGAAAGGCGGCAAGGCGGCGGGAGGCGCGUCCGCCAACGGAGACGACGGCGAGGAGUCGUCCCUGCCCAUGUCCUACGACGAGAAGCGCCAGCUGAGUCUGGACAUCAACCGGCUCCCCGGGGAGAAGCUGGGCCGCGUGGUCCACAUCAUCCAGUCCAGAGAACCUUCGCUGAGGGAUUCCAACCCCGACGAGAUCGAGAUCGACUUCGAAACCCUUAAACCGUCCACGCUGCGGGAGCUGGAGCGCUACGUCAAGUCCUGCCUGCAGAAGAAGCAGAGGAAGCUGAUGCAAAAGCAAGCUGGAGGCGGGGCUUCGGGAGGCGGGGCUAGUCGUUUGAGUGGCAGCUCCUCUUCCUCUUCUGAUGACAGCUCCUCAACGGGAACCUCCUCUUCCUCAGACACAGACUGAACACACACACACACACACACACACUCUUUCAUGUAAACUUACACACAUCAUGAACACACACAUUCUGAACUUGGUAAGAAACACAUAUUUAGAUCUAUAUAUAUAUCCCCAAACACACACACACACACACACACACACACACACACACAGACAGACUGUAUGUACAUAGGCUGAGCUGUUUUUUAGCACCUAGUGUUGUUUUUGGCUUGCUUUUCCUGGAGGAGGACGGGGUCGACGCUUCUUUCUUUGUCGUCGUCUUGGAUCGCGCCCCCCCCCACACAAACCCCACGACCUCUGACAACAUUCCGGAAGCAUCUGAAGAGAAAGCGAGGUGAUCUCAGAUGGUUUGUCGCCAGCUCACCAACGUUAUCGGUAGCAAAUACGCCAUUUUAGAAGAAGAAGAAGAAGAAAAAAGUCAAUCAAACGCAGGAAGGGGUCGAGGUGCGUUCAAGGACGCUCGGGAUAUCCAAGUGUCAGCAGUCUGGCUAAUGAGGCAAGAAUCAAUCCAGAAAGCCCCGCCCCUUUCAACAAAACACUACAAUUCCUUCCUGGACACUUUGGUCACGUGCUGGACUUCCUUAAUCACUUCCUGUUUGGUGCCCCGCCUACUCGGCCCUCCUUUGCGUCGUCACGGCAGCCGGGUGUUGAAAAAAUUAUUUUUAAUGUUUUUAAUUUGUACUUUUUCAUAAGUGUAUUAUUUCUUACACGUCAUUGCGUGGUGAUGACAUCAUAGCGGGAGACUUUCUCUUUUAUUUUGAAAACCUCUGUUACAUUUCACGCAACCUUCACUAAGCCCCGCCCGUCAAACGCUGCGCGAUGAUGUCAUCGGCUGCCUAUUUUAAACCGGACUCCACCCUCUGAUGCCGAUUGGCUGCUGGCGGGCAGCAAGCCACGCCUCCACCUGCGUAGGCGGGCUCUCUGGACGGACGUUUUUGUCAUUUACCAAUUCCUCCGAAGGAAAAAAAAAAACCAAGCAAUGUGUGAGCGACAGACGGCGUCGCCACGGUAACCUUCCUGUUUGUUUUUAGUUGACGCUAAUAGUUAAUUUUUGUAUUUUAAUAAGAAAAAGGAAAAAAGUGAUUUUAUGUAUUUGCAUGCACUCCGGCCGUACGUCGUAUGUUUGAGCACUGUAUAGUAGCUGUAUAGUAGCUGUGCCAGCUUAGCACCAACGCGGGAGGACAAAAACCACAAUUUGGUGUAAUUACUCAUAUGGGAUCCUUAUUUUCUGACUUCCUUUUGUUUUCAUAAAUAAACACAUGACGUGACACGUGACUGGACCCUGAUUGACACCAUCACCAACUGUCGUGCGUCAUCGGCUUUUAUUGUGAAAGUCAAGUCUCUGGCCUACAUGACGCUGCAGAUCCUGGACUGGCCCGCGUCCUCCAGGCUGCUCUUGUCCCGGACCAGCACGGCCUGGUUGCCGUAGCUGCUGUACCAGGACGACUGGCUGCGGCUCAGGUAGGAGGACGGAGGCGCGGCGGCGGCCCGCUGCUGCUGCUGCUGCCACACCAGCAGCGACGUGUCCCGGUAGCGCACCCGGCAGAAGGCCUCGGCCAGGGCCUUCUCCGCCAGCGGGGGCCGAGAGGCCGGACCCGCCUUCUCCGCCAGCGGGGGCCGAGAGGCCGGAGCCGCGCCGUCCUCUAGCGCGGCAGCACCGCCAGAGUCCGCCAUGUUGGCAACAUCUCCCGAGUCCAGCUAGCUCGUCGGCGCCAUCUUCCACCGAGCGACGUCCUCACAUCUCGUCCCGCCCGGAAAGGAUGACCGCGGCGUCGGUUACCAUGGUUACCAACGCGAUGAGCGCUGACGCUGCCGACUAUCGCGGGUCGGAAACGCGUUGAAGAGCGCGACUAAUGCUGCGCCCUGCCCUGCUGCCCUGCUGCCCUCUUUCCUGCGGAGAAGCCACCCCGGAUGUGACGUCACGGUGUUUACUCGUCGACGUCUUUGUUUCAACGCACAACAAACAGAAUAAUUCCGAACUGCACAAAUAUGCACAUUGAUCAAAAAGUAUCGUUAUAUUUUUUUAAAUGUGCACAUUAAACAAAUAUAAAACAUACUUUCAAAAACGAAAGCGAAAAACACAAACUAUUAAAAUGUUUUUGUUUUUUCAUUGCAUUUGAGUUUUUCUUAUCAUUAGUGAGUUGUACAUUUUUUUUCUCAUUUCAGAAUCGAAUUAAAAUAUUUGGCUUACAUGACGUUGGAUUUGUGGAAAUCGUAGCAUGACGACAGGACACGCCCCUUUAAACUACGAGUCGUUUUUUAUGUAUUUAUUUAUUACACUACUUUUGAACAAUUUCCCUUCUACAUUAAUAAAGUUUGUCUAAGUCUACUGUAUCUUGUAUAU